CUGUAGAGUUACUAGGAGUCAAAACAAAAAUCUUCUGGAAAGUCCUCCUGAUAUUUAAAAGCAAGCUAACCAGCUAAAGCACGUAGCUACCGAUAACGUUAGCAAAGUUGUUACAAGGGAUAGUUGAAAUAACUGCAAAGUAAAUUCAAUCGAUACAUUUCAUGAUGGAAAUUCCUCAAAAGUUCCGCUUUUUCUACAACUUGUUUUGGUCGGUUUUUGUGGAAUAGCUGGAAAGCUAACGCUGUCUAUAAAUAUCAAUUAGCUUAGCAUUGGACUCACCAACAACAUAAAAAGCACAGCCUCUUCUGGGCCUUGUUGGACGGCAAACGUUUUUAACUUUACUCGCUGGUUUCUUUGACAGUAACACCCUCAACAUGUCUAUCCUAGGAUUAAAAAAGAAACAACCUAAGACUUUUAAAGUCAAAGUUAUCACCAUGGAUGCUGAAAUGGAGUUCAGCUGUGAGGUGAAGUGGAAAGGUAAAGACCUAUUUGACCUGGUGUGUCGCACCGUUGGUUUGAGGGAGACCUGGUUCUUCGGACUCAGGUACACCGUAAAGGACACCUACGCCUGGCUGAAACCGGAGAAACGGGUCUUGGACCAGGAGGUUCCCAAGGACUCUCCCAUAACAUUUCAUUUCCUGGCUAAAUUCUUCCCAGAAAAAGUAGAAGAAGAGCUGGUCCAAGAGAUAACACAGCACCUCUUCUUCUUACAGGUGAAAAAGCAGAUAUUAGAUGAAGAGAUAUUCUGUUCCCCUGAAGCGUCUGUUCUGUUGGCAUCAUAUGCUGUCCAGGCCAAGUAUGGGGACUAUGACCCAAGUUUUCACAAGCCGGGCUUCCUGGCACAAGAUGAGCUUUUGCCGAAAAGGGUUUUGAUGCAAUACCAAAUGACAGCUGAUAUGUGGGAGGAGAAGAUCACGGCUUGGUACGCAGAGCACAGAGGCAUCGCCAGAGAUGAGGCUGAGAUGGAGUACCUAAAGAUCGCUCAGGACCUUGAGAUGUAUGGUGUCAGCUACUUUGCCAUUACUCAAAACAAGCGGGACACAGACCUGUUACUUGGAGUGGAUGCUCAGGGUCUUCACAUCUACAGCCCCAACAGCAAACUCAACCCUAACAAAUCCUUUCCUUGGAGCGGCAUCCGCAACAUCUCUUACAGUGAAAAAGAGUUCACAAUCAAACCCCUGGAUAAAAAGAAAGAUGUUUUCAAGUUCUACUCAUCUCAACUGCGUGUCAACAAGCUGAUCCUGCAGUUGUGCAUCGGUAACCACGAUCUAUUCAUGAGGAGGAGGAAGGUGGACUCCAUUGAAGUGCAACAGAUGAAGGCCCAAGCAAAAGAGGAGAAGGCCCGCAAGAAGAUGGAGCGUCAAAUCCUGGCACGGGAGAAACAGAUGAGAGAGGAAGCGGAACGGGCAAAAGAAGAGAUGGAGCGGAGACUUUUCCAGCUGCAGGACGAGGCACGACUGUCCAACGAGGCACUGCUGCGAUCUGAGGAGACAGCGGACCUGCUGGCAGAGAAGGCCCAGAUUGCAGAGGAGGAGGCCAAGCUGUUGGCCCACAAGGCUGCCGAUGCUGAGCAAGACAGGCAGAGGUUAGAGGUCACCGCCAUGAAGACCAAGGAGGAGAAAAGGCUGAUGGAGCAGAAGAUGAGGGAGGCAGAGCAGCUGGCUGUCAAACUGGUGGAGCAGUCUGAGAGGAGGUUGAAGGAGGCAGAUCACCUGAAACAGGACCUCACCGAGGCGAAGGACGCUGAGCGGAGAGCCAAACAGAAACUGCUGGAGAUCACCAAAACAACAUAUCCUCUGAUAGCAGCCUACUCUGCUCCCCCGGCUCCCCCUGCUCCUCCCGAAGCAGCAGACUUUGCCUAUGAAUCGGCGUCCACGCGCCUCGACUUCAAAGACUCUGACAUGAAAAGGCUGUCCAUGGAGAUCGAGAGAGAGAGGCUGGAGUACAUGGAGAAGAGUAAACACCUGCAGGACCAGCUGAAGGAGCUGAAGACGGAGAUCGAGUCUCUGAAGCUGGAGGAGCAGCAGCAACAGGCCGGCGUCUACAGCCUCCGCAAUGAGGCGAGGGGAUACGUCCAGGAGCCUGUUUACCUACCUCACAGCAACCGAAACUCUGCGUACAUGUCUCAGAUGGCAUUCUUUGAAGAAGUGUGAUCCUAGUCCUGCAAGAUGAGGAAGAAGGGCACCAGCUGUUGUGACUCGGUGCUCUCUCAAAAAUGUUUUGGUUAUAUUUUUUACCUGGCUGAAACUAACACAGACACCCACAUACACCACGACUGUGUGCUUUGGAAAGACUUUAAAUCUAUCCUCAACAGCAAACCGCCACUAGUUUGGCUGCCUGCACAGGUUGUCGUGCUAGGUUGUACCACAUGCUACACUGCAGCACCUUCCACAUUUGUUUUAUAUUGAAUGUGUGCAUCUAACCCCGGUUGAGGACAUGGUGCUGAAGGUGGAUGUAUGUUAUUGUGUCGAGUUGCUGAUGUUUUUUUUUGUUGUUGUGGUUUUUAAGGGAUACUUAGCUGUAAGAUGGUCAGAUAUAAUAUCAAUACUUAUGACACGUUAUACAUUAAUGCCUUAACAUUUUGGGGCAGAGACUGUCAUAAACCGGCUUUAAGCGAGUUCCUGCACCGAAGGUAAAUGAUCUUUUCAGGGUUAGGGAAACACUGAAAAGCUAUAAACAUAAAAACUGAUUUUGUAAAUAUGGUGAUUUUCUUUCAAACCAGUCAAGUGUUUCUCAAACCUUCUGAAAACUGUACAUGAAAGAAACCCAAGUGCCCAAAUUUCUGAUUAUGCACUUCCCACAACUCUCUGAUCAAUGAUAUUUAAUGUGAAAAUUAACGUUUGGACUUGCGCAUAAAAGUAAUUUAUAAAGAUAGUAAUUGAAACUCUCAGAAAAGUCCAAAUCUGACCAGCAGACGUGUGCAGGGACAGUGUGUGGAUGUGACACUCCAUAGAAAUGUUAAAUGCAGAGUUUGAUCUGUGUUUUGCUCUUUCACCUGUGUUGCUGUUUCUGUAUCAGUACACAGGUGCCUUUUACUGUUUCUCAUCAUGGUAGUUAAUAGAAAUGCACUACACGUGUAGUAUAUGGUUACAAGCUUGCCAUUUCAACUUUUUAUAUUUUGUACUCUAGACUGUUGAUGUGCCUUGAACUUUAUUUUUUACUAUUAUGAUUUGAGUUACUAAGUUUUUAUUUGCUUUAUUAUGCUCAUGUGUCUUAGGGGUUACCUUAAGUUUGGGGUUGAUUUCAUACCCUGACUGAUUUACAGAAUAGCAGAUUGAUGGCUUUACGGUUUUCUUUCUUUUCCUCAGCUCAUGUACUUCUCAGGGUUAGUGUUGGAGACAAUCAUCUAAUUGUGUUUCCCCUGAGACAUGGUGUCCAGUAUGGUAAACCUUUUGAACAGGCCAUUUUCCUAUUAACUUGGUUAAAUCCAAUAUUAGUUCACAAGGUAAAGAGUUUUGACAGCAGCGUGUGCGCAGCAUUUCACAAAUCUAGAGGAACCUGAGUGAACCUUUAUUCUACUACACUCCUCAUUACAUCCUUAAAAAGGGAGAGGCUGGAGGCCAAACAGCCAGAGAUUCUGCACUAUUUGGACCGGCCUGUUCGACUGACUUCAUUACGGACUGAACGGUGACUAAUGAUUGGUUCAUUUACAUGUUUAGAUUAUAAAUGAGUAAGGCUUGGUCUUGUGUAAAUGGUAUUAUGUUAAAUAGUUUAAAUGUCCAAGUGAAAAUGUUCUUUUGUUUGUCAUCACCACAUUGCUUAAGUGCUUCAAUUUGCAUCUUUAACCUUAUUUAUUUUUUGCCAUAAAUCCUUAAAUAACAUCUUCA